AUGACUUCCAGCCAGACACGCUCCUCCGCCACGCCGUCCUCGCCAGUCUCCGCCAGGUCCUUUCUGUCCCGCUUCAAGUCGCCCUUGUCCUCCAAGUCGCGCAACUACACCGAGUUCUACAUCCAGUCCGACGACCCCCACCGCCACUACACGCCCGGCGAUGUCAUCAGCGGCACCGUCAUCAUCAAGAUUGUCAAGCCGCUAAGAAUCACCCACCUGGUCGUCUCCCUGCACGGCUAUGCCCAAGUCUUCAAGAACCCAAACACCCCCGGCGACGCCUACAAAAACUACUGCUCCAGCGUCGGUAACGGCAGGGCGAACAAGGCAGGCAGCUACUUUGGCAAUGGCUUCGUCUCCCUCUUCGAGGACGAGGUCGUCUUGUGCGGAGAAGGCAGGCUAGCCGAAGGUAUAUACCACUUCAACUUUGAGCUUGAAUUCCCCUCCAAGGGCUUGCCCAGCAGCAUCGACUUUGAGCGCGGAACUAUAUCUUACAUGCUUAAUGCUACCCUGACCCGCCCCACCACAAUAUCCCCAACCGCUUCGUGCGACACCAAGGUCUACCUCACCGACACAAUCGACAUUGCGCCCGUUCCCCAGCUCAAACCCCGCGUCAUCUCACUUGAGCCUAUAUCCAGAAGAACACGCAACAAGCCCCCGCGAAAACGGCCAGCAGAAGGAGGAGUAGUACCACAAACACCCGACGCUACAAAUCCGCUGCCAGGCGGAUCCGCUCUGGACCGAUCUACCAUCGCCGAUGAGACGGAAGGUGCCCGGAGUCCUUCGCCAAGCGACGUGAGCUACGGGAGCCAAAGAAGCAGUGGAAACGCUUCUGGAACAGAGUAUGGCGUUCGCUCAAUCAACACUGUCACAGACGGAUCGCCUUCGCAAGCUGGCAGCCGGACGAACCCCAAAGGCAAGACCAUUACGGCAACGAUUGAUGUACUCAAGGGAGGUUUUCUGAGGGGUGAUCAAAUACCAAUCAAAGUCACAGUCAACCACACAAAACACAUCCGCAGUUUGAAGGGCAUCAUAAUUACCUUGUAUCGCCUUGCACGAGUCGACAUGCACCCUGCACUUCCGGUGGUUGCGAAUAGCAAAGGAGAUAAGACCAAAUCGGAGGACUACUAUCCAAAAUCCAGAACCGGCCUCGGUGGCUUGUCCCUCUCGUCUGCCGGCUCGAGUCAUACUUUCCGCAAAGACUUGUGUCAGUCUUUUGCACCUCUUUUUGUUGAUCCCAGGACUCUGACGGCCGAGAUAAAAUGCUCUGUGCGCGUACCCGACGAGGCUUUUCCGACGAUAUCAAACGUUCCAGGCGCGAUGAUCUCAUUCAAGUACUACGUCGAGGUGGUUGUCGACAUCCAGGGUAAGCUGACUGGUCUUGACCGAAUGGUCGCAAACGCUGGCUUAGUCAACGUACCGUCGGCCGCUGGUGGUUCCGCUACGGCAGGUGACGAUGCCUCGGGCAGCAUGUUUUCAACUUGGGGUGGUGUCUUUGUGGACACGGACCAAAUACGGCGUGAGAAGGGUAUUGUAUCCGCUUUGUUCGAGGUCAUUAUUGGCACAAAAGACAGUGAUCGUAACGGGAAAAGGAAGCAGACACAAAAUUACUCGGGUCACAACGAUGCCUACAACGGCUCUCAUCACCAAGGUUACGGUGAUCCAAACGAUGAGCAGGGAUAUGACCCAUAUUAUUACGGCCACGACGAACACGGCCAAUAUUAUGAUUACGGCUACGACCAGGGCUACGACAGUGUUCCUGGGUAUGAACAACACGGCGCAGGCGCAAGUACUGCUUUCUCAGUGCCAAGAAGCGUACCUGAGGAAGAGCACGGGAUAUCGGAAAAGGAGCGAUUACGGCGAGCAGAGGAGCGCCUGUUACCUUCUCAACCACCAGGCGCUGCUGGUCCAUCCUGGCCUCUAGUUGGCGAGCGACAAGGCAUACCAGCUUCGGCGCCCGUGUUACCCGAGGAAGACGAUCCUCAUCCUUCCUAUGUAGCGAGUUCAUCUUCGUCAACUCCAGCUCACCCUCCCCCGCCAUUUCGGGCUACAUCGUCACAGGCAAUGUCUUCGCACUUGCCAACAGCGGCUUCAUUGCAACGCCGGGCUACAAACACUGGUGACGACGAAACAAAAACUUCCGCAACCGGAUCUUCGCAUACUCUACGCUUAGAGCAUCAAGCAUCCUCAGCCAAUGGCAAUGGAGACGACUCGUCCAAACCUCUUCCUCCUCUGCCACCACAUGGCUCUGCACCACAGUACAUGUCCUCGUCGUCCUCACACCUGGAGCCCACAGACGACAAGCAGGAGUUGCAACGACGAAGACUGGAAAUGGAAAGAAGUGCGCCGCCUACAGACCAUGACGACGAAGGCGGCCCUUCGAAUGUUCCCUCUGCCCUGCCACCUCACGCCCUAACGAGCUCGCAUUUGGCUCCUUCAGCGCCUAUGCUGAAUGACGAUGACGAGUACCUUGUUGAAGCAGUCCGCCCGAUCCGAAGUCGACAGGAUCUACCCGAGAGCAGUAGAAGACAAAGUGAGGCGUUACCAGAGUACAGAAGGUGA